GUCAGACGUCUCGAAUCUCCAUCCAAGCCGCGGCGAGCCCCAGUUACCGAGGUAUGCCCGACAGAUUUUCCAAUCUUGACGAGGCCCGAAGGUGGUGGGAUGCCGUUCAACAUUGGACGCUACAGUUCCCACGGGCAGUGGUGGCGCCCAUUGCCACAUCGCUAAGCACUUCCUCGCCUGCGACAGACGGCGACACGGUUGUGUUCCUCGGUUCCCGCGUCAUACCUGGGUUGGAGGACAUGCAGCGGGCCCAUCUGGGCACCUUGGAGCAAUGGAGCGCCGCGUUCUGGCUGGUUUUCUCGGCCGCCGAAGCGAACAAAGCCGCAGAUCCGUUGCCAUACCACCAGGCAGUGUCCAUCCUGCUCCAAUACAUACUGUCACUGGUGUGCGUUCGAUCGGUGUGUUUUGGUGACUCCGCUGCGUUGCAGGAGAUGACGGCUGCCUUUCGGGAUAUUGUGCGGCUUGCGGAGAUCAUGGUCUCGAAUCAGCCGAAGGGCCCGGGCAGCGCCAAGGUCUUCACCAUGGACAACGGGCCGACCUUGGCACUGUUUGUGGCGGCUACCAAGUGUACCGACUUGGGCGUGCGGGCGGAUGCCGUGGCGCUGCUGAACAGGUUCCCUAGAAGAGACGCCUUUUGGGACACGAUGGCUGUUAUGAAUCUUGCAACAUCAACCGUCAAUCCCGCUUGCGACCAGAACUGAUGUCAUGUGGUACCGGUGUCUGGAGUGUUCUAGUUGCGAUUGCCCAUCAAGUUGGAAAGCCAAUCGCACUGCCAGCUAGUAAGCCCAAAUUUGGGAAGUAGCACACGGCAAGGCACGGCGUGAUGUCCUCUCAAGGGAGAUGAUGGGCGGGCGAGAGGAGGGAUGCUCCAUUCGCCUUUCCUCGGGCGCAGGGGGGUAUUCCUUUGGAACGGGGCCUGGCUGAGGUCCAGGACCGAGCAGCGUCACGCCAAUGACCGCUAUCGUCCUUCCGAGGCCGCGCAUCAUCCCCAGUCGCACUCGGUGGCCGCUCAUCUGCCACCAAU